GACUCAUCGCUACCUCGAGACCCCCACCAUGCCUCACAUCGAUAAUGAUGUGAAACUGGACUUUAAGGAUGUCUUGCUGAGGCCCAAGCGUAGCACCCUUAAGUCUCGAAGUGAGGUGGAUCUCACAAGGUCCUUUUUAUUUCGGAACUCAAACCAGACAUACACAGGGAUCCCCAUCAUUGCUGCUAAUAUGGAUACUGUGGGCACCUUUGAGAUGGCCAGGGCUCUUUGUAAGUUCUCCCUCUUCACGGCUGUCCAUAAGCACUACAGCGUCAAGCAUUGGAAAGAGUUUGCUGCUCAGAAUCCUGACUGUCUUGAGCAUCUGGCUGCCAGCUCAGGCACAGGCUCUUCUGAUUUUGAGCAGCUGGAACAGAUCCUGGAAGCUAUCCCCCAGGUGAAAUAUAUCUGCCUUGAUGUGGCAAAUGGCUACUCAGAACACUUUGUUGAAUUUGUAAAGGAUGUUCGGAAGCGUUUCCCUGAACACACCAUCAUGGCGGGGAAUGUGGUGACAGGAGAGAUGGUGGAAGAGCUGAUCCUCUCUGGGGCUGACAUCAUCAAAGUGGGUAUUGGGCCAGGCUCUGUGUGUACCACACGGAAGAAAACUGGAGUAGGGUAUCCACAGCUCAGUGCAGUGAUGGAGUGUGCAGAUGCUGCCCAUGGCCUCAAAGGUCAUAUCAUUUCAGAUGGAGGUUGCAGCUGUCCUGGGGAUGUGGCCAAGGCUUUUGGGGCAGGAGCUGACUUUGUGAUGCUAGGUGGCAUGCUGGCAGGACACAGUGAGUCAGGUGGAGAGCUCAUCGAGCGAGAUGGCAGAAGGUACAAGCUCUUCUAUGGAAUGAGUUCUGAAAUGGCCAUGAAGAAGUAUGCAGGGGGUGUGGCUGAGUACAGGGCCUCCGAGGGAAAGACAGUAGAGGUCCCCUUUAAAGGAGAUGUGGAACACACGAUCCGAGACAUUCUUGGAGGAAUCCGUUCUACAUGUACCUAUGUGGGAGCAGCCAAGCUGAAGGAGUUGAGCCGGAGAACCACUUUUAUCCGUGUCACUCAGCAGGUGAAUCCAAUCUUCAGUGAUGCAAGCUAGGC